AUGGAUACUAGGAAUUCUGUGUUGAAGACUCUGACCUUGAAUGUGUGGUGGAAGAUACAGAUAUCCUGCAUGUGGAUUAUCAAAGGUCCAUCUCAGGGAGACCUGGCCUUCAGAGAUGACAGCAUUCGGCCCCAGGAGGAGCCUGCCAUUUGCCCUCGGUCUUCCAAGCUUGUGCCACCUGUGGGGUUACAGCACAGUAAGGAGCUAAACAGAACCUGCUACCUGAAUGGGGGCACCUGCAUGCUGGGGUCCUUUUGUGCCUGCCCACCUUCCUUCUAUGGACGGAACUGUAAGCAUGAUGUGCGCAAAAAGAACUGUGGGUCUGUGCCCCAUGACACCUGGCUUCCCAAGAAGUGUUCCUUGUGUAAAUGCUGGCACGGCCAGCUCCGCUGCUUUCCUCAGACUUUCCUACCUGGCUGCGAUGGCCUUGUGAUGGAUGAGCACCUCAUGGCUUCCAGGACUCCAGAACUACCACCGUCUGCAUGUACCCCUUUGAUGCUAGCUGGCAUCUGCCUUUCUAUACAGUUACUAUUAAUUGACAUUGACCUAUUUCCAGAAAUACGAUUUUAG